AUGUUGAUCCUGUCUACGCGAAAGACUCCGUUCUUUUCUGAGGAUGCUUUCCUGCAGACUUUCAACGUGUCUUCUCCAACAAUACAAACCCACGGUUUUUUGAGUGGGCUGUACGACGAACUACCAACUGGUUCCUACACGAAGCGCCACUCCGCGAAAAAGAUUACGCGAAGCAUUGAUGCCACAGAAAACAACGGGGAAGUCGCGGCUACCCAACGGAACCAGAGUCGCCAGUAUCGACAUCACCCGGUUGGCUCUAGUUACGAUACUCCAACGAUUGCUGUUGAAUUUCUCAGACCAAGCACGCGUUUCGGCGACGCCGCCGGCAGGCGCAUCGCCGAGAAAACUUGCAUUUUUCUGCUUCAUGUUGCAUUUCAGAGCUUCAACUCUGCUCUUGACUGUACGGAAUCCCCUCUUUCAGUCCUGAGCAGGCAUUCGCGUGAAAGUAUUAAGAUUCGUUGUGUGGUGUCCUUGAGCAUGAAUUGA